UGUAGCAUGCCUGGAAUUUGUGUAGGCUGUAAUGAGGCAGGGAAAGGAGGGUUCCUUUGUCACAACAAACAAGGAGAAAGCUUUUCGCAGUCUCUUCGAUUUACCAAUGCCUCAUCCGAAGCUUUCAGCUCUUAUUGAUGCCAUCUGCAAUUUUGUUAUCUGCAAUGACUCUUCCCUUCGAGGUCAGCCCAUUAUCUUCAAUCCUGACUUUUUUGUGGAAAAACUCCGUCAUGAGAAACCUGAGGUGUUCACCGAGUUGGUGGUCAGCAAUAUCACAAGGCUCAUUGAUUUACCUGGAACUGAAUUGGCUCAGCUGAUGGGAGAAGUGGAACUUAAGUUGCCUGGUGGGGCUGGCCCAGCGACAGGAUUCUUCCGGUCUCUAAUGUCUCUCAAGCGAAAGGAAAAAGGAGUAGUAUUUGGAUCCCCACUGACAGAGGAAGGCAUUGCUCAGAUAUACCAGCUAAUUGAAUAUCUACACAAAAACUUACAAGUGGAAGGUUUGUUUAGAAUACCAGGGAAUAGUGUCCGGCAGCAGAUUUUAAGGGAUGCUCUCAAUAAUGGAACUGAUAUUGAUUUGGAAUCAGGGGAGUUUCACUCAAAUGACGUUGCCACCUUGCUGAAGAUGUUUCUAGGAGAGUUACCUGAGCCCCUGCUGACACACAAACAUUUCCAUGCACACCUCAAAAUUGCUGAUUUGAUGCAGUUUGAUGAUAAAGGAAACAAGACCGAUAGACCAGAUAAGGAGCGGCAAAUUGAAGCUCUCCAGUUGCUCUUCCUCAUCCUCCCUCCACCCAAUCGUAACUUGCUGAAGUUACUGCUGGAUCUCCUGUACCAGACAGCAAAGAAACAAGACAAGAAUAAGAUGUCUGCCUAUAACCUUGCCCUUAUGUUUGCACCCCAUGUCAUGUGGCCAAAAAAUGUCACUGCAAAUGACCUUCAAGAGAACAUCACGAAGUUAAACAGUGGGAUGGCUUUUAUGAUUAAACACUCGCAGAAACUUUUUAAGGCUCCUGCUUAUAUUCGGGAAUGUGCCAGAUUGCACUAUUUGAGCUCCAGAACUCAAGCAUCCAAGGAUGAUCUUGAUCUGACAGCUUCGUGUCAUUCUAAGUCCUUCCAACUGGCAAAAUCUCAGAAACGGAACCAGAUGGAUUCCUGCUCUCAUCAGGAGGAGACCCAGCAGCGGACAGAAGAGGCACUGAAAGAGCUGUUCCAACAUGUUCACAAUAUGCCCGAAUCAGCAAAGAAGAAGCAGCUUAUCAGACAGUUUAAUAAGCAAUCUGUGACCCUAACACCAGGGCAAGAACCUUCUACUCCCCGGGUACAGAAGAGGGCCCGUUCACGUUCCUUCAGUGGCCUUAUUAAGCGGAAGGUCCUGGGAAGUCAGAUGAUGUCAGAAAGGAAGAACAAGGCCCCUACGCCGGAAUCUCUAGCCAUUGGUGAAUUGAAGAGAGCCAGCAAAGAGAAUAUGAAUUUAUUUUCUGGAUCUCCAGAUGGCACGAUGACACCAACAAGAUUGAAAUGGCCAGAGGGGAAGAAAGAGGGAAAAAAAGGAUUCCUCUGAAGGACCAGAGUUCUCCUGUUGUCCACCAGAGUUUGCUCUGCAAUGGGCCAGGUGUCAUUCCCGCUCGCAGAGAAGCGUGGACUUGCAGCUUGCUGCUGCAGUUUGAAUUGUGAAAGUUACUAAUCCUGUAACUCGACUGAUACCUCUAACUCCACUCACUGGGUGUUUCUGCAAACUCUGCCUUCUGAACCAGUGCCAGCAGCUUUUUUUUUGCUUUUUUUUAAAAAACGUUAUGGGGAAACCACUAACCAGCCGAUCGGCUUACACAGCACAGUAAAUGGCAGAACUAGGCAGACUCCAGUGCUGAUUUCAUGUAUUUGUUUAGGCACAGUCUGUUUUUAAAAAUAGGAGAUUUGUGCUCAACUGCCAGUGUUUUGUUUUUUAAAGUACUGUCAUCCUAGUGGAUUGAUGUUAUUUUUAACAGAUAUUUUGGACUUUUCUCUGUUUUGAUAGUGUUGGGUAUUUUUGUCAUUAUUUCUUGUUUAUUUGUUGCUUGUUUAUCUUUUAAAGCUAUUUUUGUUUAUGUAAUCUAAAUGGGCUCUAAGCCAGAUGUCUUUCCUCCCUUUUUUACCUUCAACUUUGGGAAAACUUACCUCACGAGGCUGUAGUCCUCAAUACCGUAUUUAUGUCCAAGGAAUUUAUAGCUUUCCUGGAAAAUUUGUAGGUUUUCUUGGGUGUGAGAUUGCAGAUUAUUUGGCCUGCAGUAUUGAAAAAGGAGAAUUCAGAAUGAUACAAUAUUUUAACAAAUGUUAAUUAUUAGAUUGUGUUCCUCCCUCUCUUCUCUCUCUCUCCCUCCUUCCUUCUUUCCUCAGUGAUGUCAGAUAAUUGUGUGAUUGUUGAACUCGUUUCCUUCCUUCAGUUUUCUCUGCCUAAAACAUCUCUGGUGCCCGUGUGGUGCCAAUACUUCUGUCAAAUCACUGUGACUCAAGGGAAGUCUCUGACUGCUUAAUAGAGGUUUGCCGAAGUAUCUGUAUGUAGUGGAAGCUCCGGAGUAUGACUGGGUGGGGCUGGUUGUUUUUUUGUCCAGGACGACUCCUUGGGGUGGGGGUUGGGGUGGGGGUAGGGGGUGUUAUACUGCGUUCUUCUAAGAGGUCAGGUGUGCAGGCUAGACAGUCUCCUGAGAGCCAGCUGGAGGCAGAGGAAGGAAGUGAGCAAUAGUCUCUGCAGGACUUAAAGGAGAGAAUGUCCUCAUUGGAAGCAGUGUGGCUUAUCACCAGAGUCCUAAGAGCUGCACAGCCCCUCUCCUUGUCAGAAUGGGCACGGGGAGGAAUGGGGCGAUGGGUUGGAGCCGCUGCUUUGAUGGGGUUGAGAUGCUCAUGUGUGUUUGGGGUGAGCAGAGGCAUGGCUUUGAUCUUGUGUGAAUACUCACUGCCCCGAGAGCAGCACGUGGCAAGGGAGAAGGGUCGGUUUGUGCCUGCUCCUUAAGCUGUGUGACGCUCUCACCCGUGUGCUGGAGCCGAGUCAGGCCUCUGGUGAAGCAGUUGCCCAGCAAGUAUGGUUGGCUGACCUGUUUUGAAACUAUUGAAAUGCUGUGUUAUUGCUGAAACGAAAAUGACCCUGGGAGCAGAGUUUGCUUUUGUGUCCAGUGCCAGUCCUCUUUUUCAUACUUACUGUUCCUUCUGCUGCUGUAACGGCAAUAGUGAAGGGAAAGAAAGGUAACAUUUGGCCUUCCAAUUUGAUAGAUUGUGAACAAUUGAUGGGUAGGAGUAUAAAACUGCUUAGAAGUCCCUUUCUGUAGAGCAGUUUUAUGUCAUUCUUAAAAGUACUUAUUAGCAAAUUCAUUUGUGUAUGGUUUCUAUUUGGCUUUUUUCCUUAUUGAGAAAAAAUAAAUUCCUUGCACCAGCUGUCAGGGAAUUCAGAAACCCCUUUUGGUGUGAACAGACUGAAGUAGUAUUCUCCCUUCACUCCACACUUUAUUCAUUUAACUGUUUCCCCCUGGGGUGUGGGCUGUCCUUGUGGUCUGGCAUCAGCUCGUGGGAGCAGAGCAGGGACCUGCUGCCCCUCGUCAUCGGGUUUGUGCUGUGGCUCUGUCUGCGGAGGUUCCUGAGACUCAGGAGACUGGUUGUGUGGAGUCAGUAGUGCGCCUGGCUGGGUGGUGGGGGAUGUCUGUCACAGCAUGUGCUUUUAUGUAGCUCACCCGUGUGCAGGUUCUGUCUGUAUUUGGGUAUGUGUUUCAUUUAAGUUAUUUAUUAAGUAUGCUUUCCCUUGUGUUAAGGGUAUGAUAGGUCAUUUUUUUAAAAUAGAAGCUGUGAUCCAGUUGGAAUUCAAAUAUGAGAAAUAAAUAGUAUAACCUUC